AUGUCCGUGAUGAACCAAGAACCAGAAGAACUCGCCAUCAGUCUACCCUCUGGGGCUGUCUUACAAGCCGACAUGUGGAAACCAUCCGUGGUGUCGGAGCAAAGUGGAGAAGGCAAUAAACUGGCAGUGUGUCUCCACCCAUGGUCAUGGCUAGGCGGUAGAAAGGAAGACCCGGUACUUUGGUCUCUUGUUGAACCUUUAUUGGUCCAGAAUUAUCAUGUCCUCCACUACAAUUCCAGAGGCGUUGGUAAUUCAUCUGGCUGGCCUUCCUUUACAGGAUUCAAGGAGGCUAAGGACUUGGAGGAUCUUGUUCAAUGGGCUAUGGGUCAGAUUUCUGACAUUCGCUCUGUUCUGAUUGCUGGAUACUCUCAUGGAUCCUUGAUUGCAUCUUUAUUCCCUGUCCUCCCCUCGGUCGAAACAUAUCAUAUCUUAAUAUCAUAUCCUCUUGGUCCCAGAGGCUGGCUCACCUUCUUCAACUCUUCCUCGUACGAUAGAGCCUUGAAAGAUCUCCUGCAGCAGACAAAUUCUAAUGUGCUUAUCGUUUACGGAGAUCGUGACGAAUUUACCUCGCAAUCAAACUAUAAAAGCUGGGUAUCAUCGUUACAUGGAAAUGUAAUAGUUCAGGAAGUAGAAAAUGCCUCUCACUUUUGGCGCGGCCAGAGCGGCCGGGAGCUUGUAUCAUUAAUACAACGGCCGCUACCAGAUGAGCGUCCGCGCCAGAGCGUUGCCAAUCUAAUAGGCAGAUUCGAGACACAGACGAAGCGCCUAUCUCUUUCAGCGAGCUCGCCAUCGCGUAGCUCAAGCGUCGUGUCACAUAUUACAGGAGACUCUGUCAAGGAUGAACCCAAGGAGAAACGCGAAUGGCCCCCGAAGUCUGUCUCCAACGCAGAAAAGCCACCUUUGAUUUUACCCUCCCUCUCUUCUCGCAACAUCCCACAGGUCGCCCAGUCGACGUCGAACGGAUCUGAGCUCGGAACGGCCAGCAAUUGGACGAAAGACGCCGCAGAAGAGCCAGAAGUACCCCUUACGGCAAAGGCGCUCAAUGCCUCCCAAAGACAGUCCAAAACGGAGCCGAACACUUUUCUAGAAAAUUGGAGAAAAGAUAUACCUGCGCAGGUUGAAUUAGAACCUGAAGCUCCCAUUCCAGCAACCAUUUCAAUGGAAUCUCAGGUAGAAGCAACUACACCGAUACCCUCUGCCUCUCAAAAGCUCAAUACCCCGACCACUCCUCGCACAUCCAACAUCUCGAAAGCUACGACCAGAGUGCCCGUUACGAAAACACCCUCUACAAAGACACCACCCUCGUCCUCGGGAAAGGCGCUUGCAGUAUCAUCCAAGAUUCCUGCGAAGACACCUUUGAAGCCAUCUGUAUCCAAGCAGCCUGCAACACCUUCCAUUGCGCAACCUUUGAAACCGCAGCAUACAGGCCAAUCGGUCGCUUCUAAUGCAACAACCAGGAGGCCUACCAACAAGGCACCCGUUACACCUGUCAGCAAAACGCCAUCACGCCCGGAGGCCGCGUCUAGAGCCAAAACGCCUACAUCGUCGCGUCCAAAAACGCCUUCUACAGGCUUAUUUGCACCCACCGCGGCGUCUCUUGCGCGAUCCCGAAAUGCUGCUCCCCAGGUGCCAGCUCCCCCAAAGAAAACAACUAUCAGUAGUAGUUCGGUGGAUCGGCUCAGUAAGCCUACCGCUGCGUCCAAAGCAAGAAUUGCUGCUGCUGUUGUUCCCGCCCCUGCUCCCAAAUCUGGGGGAACAACCACUCCACGCCAAUCUACUUCAGGGAAAGCAAAAUCUACUCCCGCUUCAUCGCCAUCCAAAGUAAAGAAGGCGCCUACAAUCAAACCAGCUGCUACAGCCUCUGCCGUAGUUGCCUCCGUGGCCGCCGUCGGUCUGGCUGCUACUUCAGCUGAGGCAGGUGGAGAUGGAAAGGCAGUCGAGGACAUUAUCGACCCCGUUCUCAACUCAGAGGAGGUGGGCGACAACGGCCCUGUGGAAGAAGACUCUGCACCAAAGGAAGGUGUAGAAGCACAUGAAGGUGGGGAGGUACUUGACGAGGCGGGGGAAGAAUCUCAAAGCGUUGGUUCCGGAGAGGUCGGUUCCAUGCCGAAAUCACCUUCUCCAGCUCUGGAAGUAUCAGAUAAUGUUGAAAGUGGUGAAGAUGCUCCCCAUAGUCCCGAGGCAGUCGAGGAUGAAAUCCCCGAAGUCGUUGAAGACGAAGCAUCCGAAGUCGUUGAAAACGAAGCACCGAAACUCGAAGAUGAAGUUCCUCAAGUCACUGAGAAUUACAAAUCGUCGAAAGAUGAACUUGAACAGAUGGUUGAAGCCCUGCAGCUUUAA